AUGUCUGAAACCAAAGGAUUUCUAACAAAGCGCUGUAUCAUUCCCGGUCGACUUGAGGAGAAAAUAGCCAUUGUCACAGGCUCAAACUCGGGCAUCGGACUGUACACGGCUGCCGAACUGGCACGACGUGGUGCCACCGUGAUCAUGGCGUGUCGAAGCGUAGAGCGCGCGGAAACUGCAAGGACCAAAAUGCUAGCGGAUUACGGUGCGGCCAACCCUGAUUGGAUGAAAAAUGACGUAGCGGAUCCGUCUGUCACUUCAUCAUUGAAACCUAUAGAAGCCAGUCAAUUAAUCAUUGAAAAAUUGGACCUCGGAUCGUUGGAAUCGGUGCGAGAGUUCGCGAACCGGAUUCUGAAAAAAUAUCCGAAAAUACACUAUCUCAUCAAUAAUGCUGGUUUGGCAUUGGAGGAGUUUUCCACCACAAAAGAUGGAUUUGAACAAACAAUCGGUGUGAAUCAUCUGGGUCAUUUUCUUCUCACCGAACUCAUGCUGCCCGCAUUGAAAGCUGCCGCGCCAUCUCGUAUCAUCAAUGUGGCAUCAAAGUUGCAUUUUUACGGACAAUUGUGCAAGCCGGAUUUGCAGCCAACGGAACGAAACUACACUCAGGUCUCCGCAUACAGCUCUUCGAAAUUGGCCAAUGUGAUGCAUGCGGUAGAAUUGAGCAAACGUCUGGAGGGGACAAAUGUUACUGUGGUCAGUCUAUCCCCCGGAAUCGUAAAAACAGAAUUGCACGAAAACUUUAAAAGCGUUACCAUGCGAUUGUUGCACGUUGUUCUCAAACCACUUCAAAUUACCGCAUGGGACGGCGCUCAGACGACCCUGUAUACAGUGCUGGUUGAUAAACUUACCCCUGGUGGAUACUACUCAAAUUGUGCACUGAAGGAGCCCAAUUCAAAAGUCAACAACGAACAAGAACGCAAGUGGUUUUGGGAGAAAUCAUGUGAACUUGUCGGACUUGCAAAUGGAUAA